AUGCACACUAUUAGCUUGUUAAGCGGUGAUGAGGCUAUUAAGCUCUUCUGCAAGCAUGCACGCUGGGAUCACACACCCACGGAAGAUUAUGAGCAACUUUCAAAAGAGGUGGUAUCUUAUGCUGGUGGGCUUCCAUUAGCACUUGCAGUUCUUGGUUCCUUUCUGUGUGACAAAAACAUUAAUGAGUGGAGGAGUGCAUUAGCCAGACUGAAAGAGAUUCCAAAUGAUAAUAUUCUGGAAACGCUAAAAAUCAGCUUUGAUGGACUCACAAAGGUUGAGAGAGAGUUGUUCCUUGACAUUGCAUGUUUCUUUAGGGGGAGGGAGAAAGACGAGGCAAUGGGGAUACUUGAGGCUUUUGGUUUUUAUCCAGUUAUAGGAGUAAAGGUUUUGAUACAAAAGGCUCUCAUAACUAUUUCAGAUGAUGGAGAAUUUGAUAUGCAUGAUCUGGUGCAAGAAAUGGGAGUCCACAUUGUUGGAGGGGAAAACCCUAGAAAUCCUGAAAAACAUAGUAGGAUUUGGAAAAAGGAAGAUGUUUUAAAAAUAUGUGCUAUGGAUGCAACCACGGAACUUGACAAGAUCGAAGCAAUACACAUGGAUUUUCGGUUUCACCCAGCAAAAGAGAAAGAACACUAUCUUCCUUCGGUUGCUGCAAACAUGAAGAACCUUCGGUAUAUGGAAUCGAUAGGGGAUCCUGCAAAAUAUUUGUUUGAUGACCUUCCACUAAGGGAGCUUUGCUGUCUUAUAUUGUGCGAAGGCUCGCAAAAACAACUUUGGGAUGGUUGUAAGUUGCUGCCAAGUUUGAAGUUAUUGAAACUUUGCGAUAUGAAUAACCUAAUCAUGACACCAGAUUUUAAUGGACUUCCAAAUCUUGAAAGAUUCACUCUUCAUGGAUGUUGGUAUUUGGAAGAAAUUCAUCCAUCAAUUGGAUGCUUGGAAAAGCUUGUUUACUUAUCUAUAGAAGGUUGUCCCAGGCUUGAGAUGUUUCCACCCAUUAGGGCAAUAAAGAAACUCGAGACCCUUUCAUUCUCGGGGAGCCUUAAACUUAUUAAGUUUCCAAAGAUCCAACAACAGAAUUUGGAGAAUUUACCACAUUUUGAUAUGGAUAAUAGUGGGAAUGAAGUUGCGUCCUACGUAGAAUCUUAUCCAAACAUUUUUUUUAAUAGGUGCAGCAAUAUUCCUGGUGUAGAAUGUUGUGUAGAGGAGCCUGAUUUCUGUGACAACAUAAGGUUAGGGGUUUUUAACAACUUGCAAGAACUCCGCUUCUUAAGGAAGUUGGAUCUCCGCUGGUGCAAUUCGGGAGAUGAAGCCAUAGGCUCUGAUGUUUUAGAGUUUCCCAACUUGCAACAACUCAAUCUAUUCGGAAAUAAGUUUUCACGGGUAACUUUUAGUUGCCUCCAACUUCCUCGGCUCAAAUGGCUCAACGUGUCAUGGUGCCAAGAACUUGUAGAAUUGUCACAGCUGCCAUCAAGUAUAGUUGUUGUUAUAGCAGAUAAUUGUAGCUCACUUGAAAGCUUUGGAGAUAUUUCAAACUGCAAAAGGUUGUUGAAUGUCUCACUUAAGUGGAAAAACAAAAUAGGUCCACUUGUUGGUGAGAUAUUACUAGACUCCAUGCUCAAGGGGAAGGCUAUCGAAAAUCAUUUUAUCAGUUUCAGUAUUUUACAUCAGAUUCCAAAGGGGUUCGUAGGACAUCUGGAAAUAGAUUCUCGGUUUGAGAUUUGGCAGGAGUCUAAUGAAGCACCAGAGCCUGAAUAUGGUGGAGAUUUAAGGACACACGUGGAAUAUGUUUCCUUUAGUUCAUUGAGGCAGACCACAUCAUUGAAUCCAUCAUACAAUAUUAUUUCAUUUUCCAUAAAGGGGCAUUGGACUUCGUUUGCAGCUGAGCUCGUUCCUAGAAAAAGUAAAGAUCAUCCGGUGCAAACAACGAAAGUUGCAAAAGAUUCCUCAGAGUUUUGGAAUGAGGAAAAUGAUGCUUAUAAGCCAUUUAUGAUCCAAGAUAGUUCAAAGUCUUCUAUCAAUAUUAAAUGGCGAUAA